AUGCAAUUACAAACUCAAAUUGAUACUUAAUAGUCACAUAAAGUAUAGUAAUUCAUGAUUACUGAUGAACAGAUAGGUGAAAUUCAUCAUUUUGUAAAUAAUUCUCUAUCUGAUGCUUAUUAUUCAAUUUCAUAAUAGAAUGGUUAAAAAUAAUUAGAGCCAAUUUAGUUAUCAAAUGAAGAAAUGAGAAGUUAGAGAAUAAGUAUUGAUAGUCCAGAUGCACGAUUAAUUUUAUAAGCAUCUGCUAGAUAAUAAAAGGAUGAAUCAUAGCAUUAAUUAACAUUAUUUUAAUCUUGGAAUAUAAUAAAGUUUAUUAGAAGAAUAAGUGAACGAAAAAGAAUAAACACAAAAUUUAGUCAAUAUUAAUAUGAUUUAAUAAAUGAUAAAGGCUCUUCCUUUGAUUUAAAGUUAUUUAAGGAAAGCAGUUUACAUUUUAAACCAAUUCAUAGAGGUUUAAGAAGAUAAAAUUAGUCUGAGAAUCUAUCUAAACCUUCAUUAACAUAAUAAAUGAAAAGUUAUUUAAUUAGAUAAAAAUAAAACAUUCAGGAUAUUUUUAAAAGGGUUGAACAAUAUUUAUAAAAAAUUCCUUUAAUAUCUCCUGAAUCAAGAUGGAAAUUAAUUUGGGAUUGUUUUGUAGCAUUUUCAAGAUUAUAUUUUAUGUAUUUAAUUCCAAUAGAUUUGGGAUGGACAGAAAUUCCAGUAAUUUAUGGUAAGUUAUAUCCAGUUUCAAUUUUAGCACUCAUAAUUUUAUUAUUAGAUUAUCUUAUAAGUUUUAACAAUUCAUUUUAUUAAUUUGGUUAAAUAGCUAAUUAGAGAGCAAUAAUAGCUAAACAUGUAAUAACAAAAAGUUAUGGUUUAGAAUCUAUAUCUCUUUUAAUUCUGACUAUCUACCUAUUUAAUUCAGAUUCAAAUACUAUAAAUGUAUUAGAUAAUUGGGCUGAUGUUUUUAUAGCAUUAUUUUAUGUUUAAAGUAGAAAUAUUCCUAAAUUAAUUGCCUAAAUAGAAGAAGUAUUGAAUUUAUCUAAGCCAGUUUCAUCUAUGUUAGAGUUAUUAAAAUUGAUAUUAGUAUUGUUUUUCGUUUUGCAUUGUUACUCUUGCUUGUGGUUUUUUGUAAGUAAUAAGGAUAACUAUAUAAUUUAGGUUGGAGAAUAUAGUCACAACCAUUCAGUCUAAGGAAGUUGGUUAGAACUAUACCAUAUAGAACAUGAAACUUUUGCUGUGUAGUAUUUAUUUUCAUUCUAUUAUUCUACAGUGACAAUGUUCACAAUAGGAUAUGGAGAUAUUACACCAGUAAGUUAUAUAGAGAGAAUUAUAUCUAUAUUCUAUAUGAUGUUUUGUAGCAUUCAAUUGAGUUAUAGUGUAAGUACAGUAGGCACCAUCUUAGAUCAAAUAUCAGCUUAUGAAUAAGAGAAAAUGAAAAAGGUUCAUACAAUAAAUACUUAUAUGCAAAAUAAAAAGAUUGGAUAUGAAUUACAAUAUUAAAUUAGAGAAUAUUUAAAUUAUUAUUGGUAAUCACAAAGUUAAGUAGAAUCUUAAGAUGAAUAAAAUAUUAUUAAUUAAUUAUCUUAAAAUCUUAGAGAAUAAUUAAUGUUACAAGCUAAUUCUAUUAUUUUAAAUGAAUGUCCUUUAUUUUAAAAUCAUUUUAGUGAUUAAUUAAAGAAUAAAUUAGUGAGAUAAAUUAAAUAAACAGUUAUUUAACCUGAAAAUAUAGUUGAAUUUGAUUAAAUAUUUCCAAAUCUUCCUAGUGGUUAAAUCUUUAUGUGUUUUAUAGAACAUGGAGAAGUUUAGAUUUUAAUUUAAAAUGAUUAAAAAGAUUCAAUUUAUUCACAUUAAUAAGUUUCUGUAAUAAGUAAAGUAGGUAAAGGUAGUAGUUUGGGAAUUUAUAGUUUUAUUAGUGGUUAAAAAUCAAUAGAGAAAUUUAGAAGUAUAGGUUUUACUAAAUUGUUAUUAUUAUCUCGAGAUGAUUUUUUAAGAAUAUUACCUGAUUAUCCAGAAGAUUAUGAAAGAUUUAGAAAUAUUCAUGAUGGACUUCUAUUUAAUUAAGAUUAUAUUAAACAAAUGAAAUGUUUUUCAUGUUAAUCUUCAACUCAUAGAGUUAUGAAUUGUCCACUUUUACAUUAUGUAAGUGAUAGAGAAUUCAUAAUUAAAAAACAUUUAUUUACUAAAAAUCAUGAUAGAUAACAUUUUAAAAGGAAUGUAAAAAGAUUCAUUAAUCAAUUCCAUGCAUUGAUUGAUUAAGAAGAAAUCUCAGAUAUUGCUCAAUCUUAUAGCAGUUGUAAUUCUAAAUGGACUGAAUUUUAUGAUGAACCUCCUGAAGAAGAGGAAGAACCUAAAAGUUCAUAAAUUAAUAAAAUUGCUGUUAUAGGUACAUAAUCAGAUUUAACUUAAUCUCCAAUUUAAUAUCAUAGACCAACAGCAAGAUUUAAUAAUCAAGAUAUCAGAACAAGUAAAAUUGAUGAAAUAGAAGCUGAAGACAACAAAUUAAAAAUUAUACCUAUAGCAAGAGGAAUAAAAAGAAGAAAAUCAAAUAUACUAUAAGUAAAAUAACCUGAAGCUAAAUCAAGUACUUAAAAUACUAAUUCAAGACGUUUGAGACCAUCUUGUACUAUUGAAUUUAGUAGAUUUAGAUAAAUUUAAGUGUUGUAAAAAUUUAGAAAAAUUGUAUAAUUGGUUAUUAAACUUAAUGCUAUGAAGAAAAAGAAAUCUGGUAAAAAAUCUUUGUUGAAUAAAUUCCUAAAUAUUCAAUAAUAAACUUAAUACUUAAGAUUAAUAUUAGAAAAAGUAAUGAUUAGAAUCAAUUAAAUUGAUUAAGGAAAAAAGGAAAUUUUGAAAGAUGUUGAUGUUUAGAAUGCAUUCUUGUUAUCUAUUAAAAUUAAAAUGUUAAUAUCUUUGUAAGAGGAAUAUUUUAUUAAUAAAUCAUUAUUUUAAUAGAUGGAUACAUGUAAAGAAUUUCAAUAUUACCAGCCUUAGAAUAACUUUUCUGAAAUUCUUGAAAAAGAAGAAUUUUAUUAUCAACAAGGAAAACUCUAACCUAAUUUAGUAGAGCUUAGGAAAUAAUUGGUUAAAUAUUUAAUGUAUCCCUAAAUGUAUUUAGAAAAAUAUAAAUAUGUUAAAUUAUAAUUAGUGAAUUUAUUUACAUAAAGACGAUUUAAGGAUGAUAAUAAUAGAUCUUAAAUUUUGACUAUGAGUAAAAGAAAUAAAUACAGAGGUAAAACUUUUAGAAUACCAAAAGUAAACUAAAUUCUUCCUAAAUGA